UGUUAGUAUUCGCGCGUGUAUGUAUGUGUGUGUAUUGAACUAGUUCUUAUCCCCACCCCCCUUCUUCCCCCAUUGAUGUUUUUUAGUUAUUAUACCAAGUGUAUAUGUUUUGCCCAAACUAUAGUACUGCCAGUUGACCGACUAUAUAUGAGGACAUUGUUUUCCUAAGGGUUAAAAGGUGAUUGGAUUUAUAUUUUUGAGCUUUGUGGAUUAAGGAUCUUCGGCUUAAUCUAUAUAUUGUGGCGCUACAACUUUUUAGUUUUUAUUCCUGGUUUUUUUGUAGUCGAUUUCGUAGUCAUCUGUUAAUUUCAUAUCUGUUUCUUGUUAGCAUUUGACAUUAACCUUUUGAUCUGAGUAAGAAAUUUGGAAGAAGGUGCAGUUGGUUGUGUUAUGAUGUUCGUCGGCAUAGUUAUUCAAUAACGGCAUCUGUGAACCAGAUCGCACGAUGAGAUGCUUAUUUCCGUUUGUUGCAUUGACGUUUCUAACUAUUUAAAUCCCAUCGACGAAAUCAUUUAAAGAUUCAAGUCAUCUUCUUUAGGGUAUGCAGGAUCAUACCCUAGCCCCAAGGGCGUAGCACAGUUGGUUCCAUUGUAGGAAGGAUUACAAGAGAGCUUAAUUGAAAUAUAGAAUCUUCAUAUGAUCUUCCAAGCAUUAAGAUUUGUAGAAUGCGCCUCUUGUCCUUAGUCCUUAGUUAUGACUUAAUGGUUCCUUUAUUAAGUUGUUCAUUCUGCAUUAAGUCAAAAAGAAACACCCAAUAUAGCUAGCUUACUGGAUUAACUCAUGUCCCCAUUAAGUCAAAAAGAAACAACAUCUUAGUUGAGGAGGUGUAGUGUGUGAUGGAGACAAGAUCUAUCUUGUAACUAAAGAAAAGUGGGUCAAGUGAAGAUGGCAGUUUCUAAGAAGACAGCUUUGGCAUUCAAGUCCUACCAGAACCAUGCUCAGGUCUUGGUUAAAACCUACCUUUUAGCAGAUGCAUUUAUGCCCUACACCUCUGUCCUAGGUGGCAUAUUUGCUACUAAAAUGGUUUAUGAUCUUACACAGUUGAUAAGCACUUUUUACUUCAGAACCUAUGCCGGCCUUACAAAAAUUCAGCGGAUUGAAUGGAACAACAGGGGUAUGUCGUCUGUUCAUGCCAUCUUCAUUACAGCAAUGUCUUUGUACUUUGUGUUCUGGUCAGAUCUUUAUUCUGAUCAGUAUACUGUGGGUCCUGUUACUUUCAGGAGCUCACCACUCUCCACAUUUGCAUUAGGGGUUUCAGUCGGCUACUUCCUAUCAGACCUUGGAAUGAUCAUUUGGCUAUAUCCUUCUUUGGGUGGAUUAGAAUAUGUUGUUCAUCACACACUUUCAGCAAUUGCAGUAGGAUAUGCCAUGUUUACAGGAGAAGGGCAGCUUUACACAUUCAUGGUCCUUAUAUCUGAGUUAACAACACCGGAGAUCAACUUGAGAUGGUACCUAGAUACAGCUGGUUUAAAGAAGUCGAAUGCAUAUCUGAUUAAUGGUGUCGUCAUAUUCUUUGCCUGGAUGGUGGCGAGAAUUUUGCUGUUUGUCUAUAUGUUUUACCAUGUGUAUUUGCACUACCAUCAGGUGAUUGAGAUGCAUCCAAUCGGGUUUCUUUUGGUGUUUACGGUUCCAUCGGUGCUUGGAGCCAUGAACUUGAUGUGGUUCGGGAAGAUUAUAAAGGGGAUGAUGAAGACUUUGGCAAAGAGGCAGUAAUUUUCAAAUUAUCAUGUCAACUUGAUUGCUGUAUAAAAAAAAUGCUAGAAGAAGGAGAGAGAGAGAGUGAGAGAAAUAGCAAGGUAGUGUGUUGUAAAUCAUCUGGUUAAAAAUGUUGCUGCCUUUCUUUCAAGUUUUUGGUAACGAACACAAAUUGCAAAAGGAGGAGGAGAAGGAGGAGGGUGUGUGGAUAUCUUAAUCUGUUUCGAUAUACUUUUGAUAUUUUGAUUUAACAUACAUUAUAUUUAUCAUAGGGCUAAAUGCAACAAACAACAACCUACUCUUACUCUUACUCUUAUUUAUUUAUUGUUUAUUACAACAUUUUGCAGUAUUGUUUCUUCA